AUGGGCGGGAGCAAGGGCAAAGCGCCCCAGCGCCAGGACAGGCCGGAGAGGCCGGCCUCCGGGGAGCAGGAGUCCCGGUCGGCCAGCGCAGACGGCGCGCCUAGCCGGGAACGGCGACAGGGUCGCGGUAAGGCCCACAGCGCCAGGCCAGUCUUGGGGCCCUCCACUUCGGGAAGCCACGGGACCCCUGGUGGCCGCCAGAAGCCCACCGCAGAGCGGAACGGCGGCUGCAGACGGCCAGCGGCUGGGCCGCCCGCGGAGGCCCAGCGGGGACUAGGCCGCGCGCGGUGUCGGGGACCCAGGUCUAAGCACCGGGACGGCCGUGGCGGGCGCCUGGAGGAAGAGAGUCUCCCCGGAGAAGGGAGGACCGGCGAGCUCUGCCGCCGCAGGAAGAGAGGAAAAGGGCGGAGACACCCGGCUCGGCACGGCCGCCGAGAGACCCGGCGCCUCGAUGGGGACGCGUCAGGUGGAGACGGGGGCAGCUCUGGCCAGGAGAGCGAAGCCCGCGAGGCCCAGGAGAGCGACAGCCAGAGCAGUGGAGCCCCGGAGCUGCGGCCCAAGCCGGAGCAAACGGACACGGGCUCGGGAGACCCCCAAACUGGGUCGGAGCCAGCGCUGGAACCCGGCGAGCGCCCCAGCAGCGACGGUCUGAGCAGCGACGGCGGGGACAGCCCUGAGCCCCGGAGCCGGGAAGGGUCGUCGGGGGUGGGACCCCGGGGAGAGAGCGAGGAUUCCGGGACAGGCACGGAGUCGAGCCUGGAGGGGGCCGGGCGGGGAGGGGGCCCAAGGGCAGCCCCAGGAACUGCGAGCCGGGCCACUGAAGCCGAAGAGACUGAGCCGGGCAAAAAAGCCAAGGCCUCCAGCCCCCUCGAGGGCAGCCCCACGUGCGUCUCCCGGAGCUCGCCGGCUUCCGGGGACCCCAGGCCGGCCCGGGACUCAGACAAUGAGGCGCGGUCGGAGGCUGAGCCGCAGGGCGACGAGCCUGGAAGAGCCUCGGCCUCGGCCUCGGCCGCCGGGACUCGGCGCCGCCAGGACGGAAAGCUGGUGGGGAAAGUGCAAGUGGCGGCGGGCGAGAGCGAAUCUGGGGCUGGAGAGCGGGACGGGCCCGGAACCCCAGCGCCGCUGGCCGCCCUCGUGGCGCUCCGCAGGCUCCGCGCGAAAGCGCCGCCAAACCCGGCUCCCCGGGCCGCGGCUCCGGCUCCCCGCCGCGCCGGCCUUAAGGAGAGGCUCCCGCGCGGAGUGCGCGCCCUGGGUCUCCUGCGCUGCCUGCAGCUGCGGCGGCGGCGGCCGGCCGGCGAGGGCCGGGGGGCGGGGCCGCGGGGCGGGGUCACGGGCCGGGACUGCGGCGACGGCAAGGGCUGUGCCUGGCGGGACGGCCCAGGGCUCCCCCUAGCGGCGACUCGAGCUCCCCACAGUUUGCGAAGAGCUCAGCUCCCGGAGACUCUUCUGAGGAUGAGGAUCCGACUCCGGAUUCCAAGCCCCAGGAUCCACAGGACUGGGAGGGCGUCGAGCAGUCGGAGCUCAGAGGAAGCAUCCACGGACGCCCCACCCGGGGAGGGGCACGUUUUUCCUUGUGCAGGAGCUUCGGGGGACAGUGAGGGGCGCAGGGCGAGUGGAGAAAAUGUGGCCGGGCCCCGCCGAGGCUCUCUGCUCGGCCCUACUCCCCACGACGAGCCCCUACUCGACGAAAGCGGCUCCAGCAGCGAGGCGGAGCCCGAGACCUUGGGGGCCGAGGCUCCGGUCCACUGGGCUCAGAGCUCAGAACCCCGCGAGGACCCUGGGCUUGGCAACGCGCUGCUGCCCCGACUCACCUUGGAGACCCGCCUGCUGUGGGAGAGAAGCCCGGGCCCCUGCGGGUCCCCGAGGGAGCGGUGGGAGCCAGAGGAUGAGACGGAGGAGGACCUGGAGCUGAGCCUGGGGCCGGGCGUGGAGGGGCCGCCCUUAUUGGGCGCUGAGGGCAGGAGUCUUGGGGAAGGCCUGGGAGACACGGAGGACCUGGCUCAGCUGCGACCAGUGUGUCACGGCUCUGUGCUGCGAUGCCUCAAGAAGAGAUUUCAUCUGGGCCGAAUCUACACCUUUGGAGGGCCUCUUCUGCUCUCUCUGAACCCCCGCCGGCCCCUGCCUCUCUUCUCAGCUGAGGUCCUGGCCAGCUACCACACCAAGAAGGCCCCUAACACCACCCGACACAUCUCGGCCAUCGUGGUAUCGGCCCAUAGCCGGUCUCGGAGUACUGGGCAGGGCACGUGCAUUCUCCUUGGUGGGCACAGUGGCUCAGGGAAGACAGAAGCUGCCCAAAAGGUCGUGCAGCCCCUAAGCAGCCUGGAGCAGGAACACGCAAGGGACUGAAGAUGUCAACUGGACGGUGUGCUCCUCCUACUCAGCAGCUUUGGCCACACCAAGACAGUCCUCGAUGCCAACGCCAGCCGCUCCGGCCGGGUCUUCUGCCUCCACCUGCAGCACGGGGUCAUCGUGGGAGCCUCUGUGUCACAUUAUCUGCUUGAGACCUCAAGGGUGGUGUUUCAGGCCCAGGCUGAGCGGAGCUUCCAUGUUUUUUACGAGUUGCUGGCGGGGCUCAACCCUGCGGAACGGGAGCAGCUCUCCCUACAGGGGCCAGAGACCUACUACUACCUCAACCAGGGCCAGGCCUGCAGUCUCCAGGGCAAGGAUGAUGCCCAGGACUUCGAAGGACUGUGGAAGGCCCUGCAGGUCAUGUGCCCCAAGGAGGUGACCGCCGCCUGGGCUGUGCUGGCCGCCAUCCUGCACCUGGGCAACAUUUGCUUCUCCUCUUCCGAGCGGGAGUCCCAGGAGGUGGCUGCCGUGUCCAGCUGGGCUGAGAUCCACAUGGCAGCCCGGCUGCUGGUGGUGCCACCUGAACGCCUAGAGGGGGCUGUCACCAGGAGGGUCACGGAGACACCGUAUGGCUGCGUCUGCAGGUCUCUGCCGGUGGAAAGCGCCACUGAUGCCAGGUGGCCCUGGGGGCGGGAGGGAGCCGCAGCCGGGCCUGGCACUCUACGGCACAGGCUCACUCACCCUGCCCACAGGGACGCCCUGGCCAAGGCUCUGUGUUCCCAGCUUUUCACCUGGCUUCUGACGAGGAGCAAUGAGAAGCUGGCAGCUCCCGGGGAGGGAGAGAGCGUGGAUAACGUCACUGUCAUGGACGUCUACGGCUUUGCGGCCCUGCGGGUGAACGGCCUGGAACAACUGUGCAGUAACCUCGCCAGCGAGCGUCUGCAGCUCUUCUCCAGCCAGAUGCUGCGGGCCCAGGAGCAGGAGGCCUGUCGGCGAGAGCUGCUGCCCUGGGUGCCCGUUCCCCAGCCUGUGCGGGACACCUGUCUGGACCUCCUCAUAGACCAGCCCCACAGCCUCCUGAGUAUCCUGGAUGCCCAGACAUGGCUGUCCCAGGCCACAGACCACACCUUCCUCCAGAAGUGUCACUAUCACCAUGGCAAUCACCCCUGCUACGCCAAGCCCCAGCUGCCCCUUCCGAUCUUCACCGUGAGGCGUUACGCUGGGCCUGUCACCUACCAGGUUCACAAAUUUAUAAACAGAAACCGGGAUCAUCUUGACCCUGCCGUGGUGGAAAUGCUUGCCCAGAGCCGUCUCCAGCUUCUGGGCAGCCCGUUCCAGGAAGCAGAGUGCCAGUCCAGGGCUGGGCCAGGCAAACCCACACUGGCCUCUUGCUUCCAGCAUUCCCUGGAGGACCUCCUAGCCCAGCUGGGCAGGAGCCAUGUCUAUUUCAUUCAGUGCCUCAACCCCAACCCAGGAAAGCUUCCGGGCCUCUUUGACGUGGGACACGUGGCUGAGCAGCUGAGCCAGGCCAACAUCCUGGAGGCGGUGUGUACCCGCAGUGCCAACUUCCCUGUGCGCCUGCCCUUCCAGGCCUUCCUGGCUAGGUUCCGGGCCCUGGACACAGAGGCGCGGGGAGAGUCCUCUGACCGCGAGAGGUGUGGCGCCAUCCUGAGUCAGGUGCUGGGGCCCGAGUCACCCCUCUGCCACCUCGGGGCCACCCAGGUCCUGCUGCGGGAGCCGGGCUGGCAGCAGCUGGAGCAGCACUGGGCCCGGCGACGCUCCCAGGCCCUGCUCAGCCCGCACCUCGGCCUGCACACCUGCAUCCCCCUCCAGCACCUCGGCGGCCUCCUCCUGCCGCGGAUGCAGGCGCAGGCGCGAGGGCUUCAGGCCAGGAAGCGAUACCUCCAGCAGCGGGCAGCUCUGGGACAGCUGAACAGCGUCCUGCUGGUGACCCGGCCCCUGCUCCGGAGGCGACAGAGAUUGCAGCUUGGGCUUCGGUGUGGCUGGCACAGUGGCCCAGCCUCCAAGACAGCGCCAAGCAUGGAGCUGGGGCGCUUGGAGAUCCCCGCUGAGGUGGCCGUCAUGCUAAAGACAGCAGAAGGCCAUCACCAUGCCUUGGUUGGGAGCAUCACCGAGUCCAUGCCCCCUGAAGUUCCGGUCCGGAGCAGCCUGACCCUCCCACCCGACAUCGACCAGUUCCCGUUCUCCAGCUUCAUCUCCACUAACUUUCAGGAGCCAGCCCUGCCCAGCCCUGGGCAGCCGCUGGCCAAGCCCCUGACCCGGCUGGAUGGUGAGAACCCUCAGCAUGCCCUGGAUAUCAACAAGGUGAUGCUGCGGCUCCUGGGGGAUGGGUCCCUGCACCCCUGGCAGGAGCAGAGCAUGGGCGAAUACCUGGUGCGACAGGGCCAGCGCCGGCCAGGGCUGCGGGACGAGCUCUUCAGCCAGCUCGUGGCCCAGAUCUGGCACAACACGGACGAGCAGCACAACCAGCGCAGCUGGGUCCUCAUGGCCAUCCUGCUCAGCGCCUUUCCCCCCAUGCCCACCCUACAGAAGCCACUGCUGAAAUUUGUGUCCAACCAGGCCCCCAGAGGCAUGGCAGCGCUGUGUCAGCACAAGCUGCUGGGGGCCCUGGAGCAGACGCAUCUGGCUCCUGGGAUGGCACGGGCCCACCCCCCGACCCAGCUCGAGUGGACCGCCGGGCGGCGGCGGGGCCGCAUGGCUCUGGACGUCUUUACCUUCACUGAGGAAUGCUACUCAGCCGAGGUGGAGUCCUGGACCACGGGGGAGCAAUUCACCGGGUGGAUUCUGCAGAGCAGAGGCCUGGAGCUGCCCCCCCGUGGCUGGUCCGUGUCACUGCACUCCGGGGACUCCUGGCAGGAUUUGGUGGGCUGUGACUUUGUGCUGGACCUCAUCGGCCAGACUGAGGACCUGGGGGACCCAGUCAGUCCCCACAGCUACCCCAUUGCCCCCCGUGGCUUAGCUGAGGCCAUCCCCCCCGCCCCUAGCAUCCAGGCCCCUCCAUUGCCCCCAGGUCCACCCCCGGGGCCAGCCCCAGCACUACCCAGCAGGAGCCAGUCAGGGGAGUCUCAGACCUCAGGGAACCUGGAUGGCUUCCUGGACCACCUCUUCCAGCCAGUCCUCUCCCCGGGCCACAGCGAUCUGGAGCAAGGCUGGGCUCUGAGCAGCCGCAUGAAGGGAGGGGGCGCCAUUGGGCCCAUGCAGCAAGGCAGCUACCCCAUGGUUUACCCAGGGAUGAUGCAGAUGCCCGGAUACCAGCCAGCCAUGAUGCCAGCCCCCGUGCCCAUGAUGCCAGCGAUGGGCGCAGUCCCUGCCGUGCCAGCCAUGGUGGUGCCGCCGCCGCCGCAGCCGCAGCCCCUGCUUCCCAGCGUGGACCCGAGGCAGCUGGUGGCCCAGCAGCAGAACUUCAUCACCCAGCAGGCGCUGAUCCUGGCCCAGCAGAUGACCGCCCAGGCCAUGACCUUGUCCCUGGAGCAGCAGACACAGCAGCGCCACCACCAGGCUCAGCCUCAGGCCCGGGCCCCCGGAGCUGCCUCGCCGAGCUCACCCCCAGCCGUCGCCCCCAAGCCCAAGAAGCCCCUGGCCCCACGCGGGGAGCCAGAGCAAGAGCUGAAAUCGGUGGGUGCCUGUCUGAGGGGAGGAGCCGAGGCCGGGCGGGAGACCUCACAGGAGGCCCAAGAGAAGCCCCAGCGGCCCAGGAGCUUCCAGCAGAAACAGGACUAUUUCCAGAAGAUGGGGCAGCAGCAGAUCAAGGUGAAGACAGUGAAGCCUCCACCCAAGGUACAGAUCCCCCAGGAGCAGGAACAGGAGGAGGAACAGGAGCAGGAGGAGAAUCCAAGAGCAGUGCCAUCCCCCCCACCUCCCCCCAUAGUGAAGAAGCCACUGACACGAGGUAGAGCCAAAGGGGUACAAGAGGCCGAGGCUGAGCCGGCGGCCCCAGGGGUGGGGCCUGGUGGUCACCCUGAGCCAGCCCCGCAACGGCGGGCAGAACCAAGCAGGGAGAUUCGCAACAUCAUCCGCAUGUACCAGAGUCGCCCGGGCCCCGUGCCCGUGCCCGUGCAGCCAUCCAGGAAGCCCCCACAAAGUUUCCUGAAGAAAAACAACCCUAAGGAUGAGGCUCUGGCUAAGCUGGGGAUCAGCGGUGCCCACGCGUGCGUGUCGACGCCAUCCCCCAGCUCAGGGAAGGGCCUCCCACCGGCUGUGGCCCCUCGCCCCAAGGUCCCGCCACAGCUUGGGCCCUCCAGCUCCACCAAGGAGAACCAGGGUCUCUCUGGCCAGACUCCGCCUGCUGCCCGGGCACCCUCCCCUCCACCAGCGCCCCCGCUGCCUCUGCCUGAGGAACCAGGGACCCCUUCAGCUGGGCCCCGCGGCUGGAUGGAGCCCAUGGAGGACCAGGGAGUCUCCACCCAGCUGCUCGUGCCUUCCGGCAGUGUGUGUUUCUCCUACGUCAACCCGCCCUGGAGGUUGUUCCUACGCAAGGAGGUGUUCUACCCCCGGGAGAACUUCUGCCACCCCUACUGCCUCCGGCUCCUCUGUGAGCAGAUCCUGAGGGACACCUUUGCCGAGUCCUGCAUCCGGAUCUCCCAGGAUGAGCGGAGCAAAAUGAAAGAGCUGCUGGGAGACCUGGAGGUGGGUCUGGACUCGCUCAACACCACUGAGGACAGUGUCAAGAAGCGCAUCGUGGUGGCCGCUAGGGACAACUGGGCCAAUUAUUUCUCCCGAAUUUUCCCUGUCUCGGGUGAGAGCAGCAGUGACGUGCAACUGCUGGGCGUGUCCCACCGGGGACUGAGACUGCUCAAGGCGACCAAAGGCCCCGACUUCCACCCGAACCAGCUGAAGACUCUGUGCUCAUACAGCUUUGCGGAGGUGCUGGGCGUGGAGUGCCCGCGCAGCUCCACCCUGGAGCUGUCACUGAAGAGUGAGCAGCUGGUGUUGCACACGGCCCGGGCGAGUGCCAUCAAGGCCAUGAUUGAGCUGUUCCUGAGUGAGCUCAAGAAGGACUCCGGCUACGUCAUCGCCCUGCGAACCUACAUCACCGAUGACCACAGCCUCCUCAGCUUCCACCGUGGGGACCUCAUCAAGCUGUUGCCAGUGGCCUCGCUGGAGCCCGGCUGGCAGUUUGGCUCCACUGGGGGCCGUUCUGGACUCUUCCCUGCCGACAUAGUUCAGCCAGCUGCUGCCCCAGACUUUUCCUUCUUGCCAGAGAGGAGUGGCCGGCACAAGAGUCAGCUGCAGCACAGAGAGCCAGGGCUGGCUCAGUGGGAGAGGGCAGCGGAGUGCCAUGCCCGCCCCCGGAGCCAGGCACACAGCGAUGACUCUGUAGCCUCCAUCUCUCUGUCCACGGACUCCUGCCACUACACCAUGCAGGAAUUUGCCCUGUACCACUUCCGGAAGCCCCAGACCUUGCUGGACCACACCGGUGGAGAUGCUAAGAAGGCCAUGGCCGGCCUGGUGCAGUACAGCAAGGCUCCCAUACGAGAAUCGCUCAUCAGCCUCAGUGAUGAGGACACAAACAGGCAGGCUGUGGAAAGCUUCCAGGCUCUGAUGCAAUUUAUGGGGGAUCAGCCUAAGCCCCGGGGCAAGAAUGAGAUGGAGCUCCUUUAUGACCUGCUGAGGUUGUGCCAGGAGAAGGAGAACCUCAGGGAUGAGAUUUACUGCCAAGUCAUCAAGCAGGUCACCAAACACCCUCGGCCGGAACACUGUGCUCGCGGCUGGAGCUUCCUCAGCCUCCUGACAGGCUUCUUUGCCCCGUCAGCCACGCUGAUGCCCUACGUAACGAAGUUUCUGCAGGAUUCAGGCCCAAGCCAAGAGCUGGCCUGGAACAGUCAGGAACACCUCCAGCGCACAGUCAAAUAUGGGGGGCGCCCGCAGCUGCCCUCCCCAGGCGAAAUUCAGGCUCUCCUGAAAGGGCAAGGAAUCCGCUCGCUUGUAGUUCACCUGCCAGGGGGUAUGGAUUACAAAACCAGUAUCCGGACUUUCACGGUGGUGGUAGAAGUGCUGGAGGAACUAUGUCUGCAAAUGGGCAUCACGGACCCCCAGGAAGUGCAGGAAUUUGCCCUCUUCCUCAUCAAAAGGGAAGGCGAGCUGGUGCGGCCCCUGUGGCCCCAUGAGUACCUCAACAACGUGGUGGAUCAGGACAUAAGCCUGCACAGCCGGCGGCUCGGCUGGGAGACCCCGCUGCACUUCGAUAACCCCACCUACAUCACCACCCACUACAUGCAGGUGCUGCAGGACUACCUACAGGGGAAGCUGUUGGUCAGCCCCCAGGCCAGCACCCGACUCGCCAGGCUGGCUGCCCUGCAGCACCGUAGCAAGCCCCAAGAGGACCAAGAGGACCACCUGUCGGAGCGAGACCUGCUGGCUUACUUGCCAAAGCCGCUGCAAUCGAAGGUGAACAUAGCCAUCAUAAAGAACCUGAUGGACCAGGAGCUGAGGCAGCUGCAAGUCUGCAGCUCCCAAGAGGCACAGAUCAACUUCAUCGAGGCUGUGAGCCAGCUGCCCCUCUUUGGCUACACUGUCUAUGUGGUGCUGCGCGUGAGUCAACUGGCCCUGCCUGGACCCAGCCUCCUGGGACUGAACCGCCAGCAUCUCCUCCUCAUGGACCCCUACAGCCAGAAACGGUGCUGCUCCAUCGCCCUGAGGGACCUGCACCGGCUCCACCUGCUGAGCCCCCUGGAGAGUAGGGGGCCCCCUGGCCUGGAACUCAACUACGGCUCUGCUGACAGCCCCCACACCAUCUGGUUUGAGCUGCCCAAGGCCCAGGAGCUGAAGUACACCAUCACCUUCCUGCUGGACAGCAGCCUUGCUUCCAGCUAGCGGCCGGCCUCACCCAAGAGGAAUGGAGGAGGGGAGGAGAUGAGGAAGGGGCCCCCUCCCAGGUCCAAGUCUGACAGGGAAGGUCUCCCUUGGGUGCUGUCAGGCCAUUUUGGUUUGGACUUCCCCACUUGGCUGUUCUGGAACCUGCCACAGCACAGCGCUGCUGGCCCAUGUGGAGGCCUCGAGGCAGGAGCUGCUCCAGUGACAUCAGCUGAGAAAGCAGGACUCCCCCUGGGGGGGGCCUGGAGCAGGGGCUGCAGGAACUCGCUUGGGCAUCUGAUGCUGCCCAGGCUGGGGAAGGGGGGGUGCCCAGCUGGCCCCAGGCCCUGGCUAACAUCAGCACGAAUCCAGGCCUGGGGGAAGCAAACAGUGAGGAAAUAAAACUCCCAAGAGAA